AUGCCUGCGACCGAAUUUGACUUUGGGGAGAAGUACUGCUACCAAAACGGCUUCAGCUCAUACCUCGAAACAGAAGCAAUCACCGGGGCGCUUCCGGUGGGCCAGAACUCGCCACUGCAACCGGCGUACGGACUCUACACAGAGAAGCUCUCGGGCACAUCUUUCACAGCACCUCGACACGAGAACAAGCAGUCAUGGCUGUACCGAAUAACACCGGCGAGCGCUUUGGGCCGCUUCAAGGCCGAGGGCGACAGGCCUAGAGGGAACGGUCAGUUUUCGUCGGCAGACCGCCUGCUCUACUUGCCAGAUCAGUUCCGCUGGGAUCCCUUUCCAGAUCCCACGGACCCGACUGACUGUGUUGAUGGGCUGCGUCAAGUUGCCGGGAGCGGUGAUCCAGCCCAGAAGCAGGGACUGGGCAUCUUUGUUUUUGCAGCCAACAAGUCGAUGGACGGGCACACGGCCUUCUACUCGGCAGACGGGGAUCUGCUCAUCGUGCCGCAGUCUGGGGUGUUAGACAUCCGCACGGAGCUGGGCUGGCUGCUGGUGCGCCCACUCGAGAUCUGCGUGAUUCCUCGGGGUAUUCGAUUCCAGGUGCAUCUGCGAGGGAACAGCAGCAGCCCAGUCUUGGCCCGCGGUUAUGCCUUGGAGCUGUACCAGGGUCACUUUAGCCUUCCGGAGCUGGGGCCAAUUGGGUCGAACGGCCUGGCCAAUGCACGUGACUUCCAGGCUCCAGUGGCCUGUUUUGAUGACGAUGACGAUGGGGGUGGCGACAUCAGUGGCAAGGCUGUGUCGAUGUAUACCAUCCGCGCCAAGGUGAACCAGCGACUGUAUCGCGCAGAGCAGGACCACACGCCCUUUGACGUGGUGGCGUGGCACGGCACAUACUUUCCGGUCAAGUACGAUCUCGGGCGGUUCAACGUGAUUGGCAGCAUCAGCUUCGACCACCCGGACCCAUCCAUUUUCACGGUGUUGACGGCGCCAUCAGACCAUCCGGGCACGGCAGUAGCCGACUUUGUCAUCUUUCCGCCGCGCUGGCUCGUGGGCGAGAACACGUUCCGGCCGCCGUGGUACCACCGCAACACGAUGAGCGAGUACAUGGGUCUGCUGGCCGGCGCAUACGACGCCAAGAAGGCCGGUGCGGGCGGGUUCGUGCCAGGUGGCGCUAGCUUGCACAACAUCAUGAGCGGACAUGGACCUGACCAGGCCAGUCAUGAUGCAGCGCGGCGCGAGCCACAGCCACAGCAGCCCGCCAAGGUGGGCGUUGGCAGCUGCGCGUUCAUGUUUGAGAGCGCGCUGAUGCUCGGUGUGACCCCCUGGGCACUACAUGCGGUAGCAGCCAGAGAAGGCGGAGGCAGCGACACAGACACGGUGCUGCAGCAGGACUAUGUCUCGCACAGCUGGGGCAACCUGACGCGGUACUGGAAGCGGCCGGCUGGCAUGGCCAAGGCUGACGGGCACCUUUUGAGAAAGUGA